AUGGCAUCCUCUUCUGGUAAAGGCCCAGGUGCUGCGGCCACAAAUCCUCCGGAAACCUCGACGAUAUGUGCGCCUGCAAACCUUUCAUUCUUUGACAUUCCAGCCGAAGUACGCGUGGAAAUCUACGAACAACUUUACUGUUUCCCCCGGACCGUCCACCUCGCUUUUGAGGACGACCGCAAGGGCAAGUUUAAACACUGGCGGGACUAUCCCGUCACGCGUCUCUUCAAUUGCGAACCUGCACUCCCCGUCCAUGCACUCCUAGUGGCAAAGAAAUUCUAUCAAGAGGCCUCUCUUGUCCUUUACCAGCGGAACAAGUUCAGGAUCGAGUGGGAGGAUCUCAAUGAUGCCCUCACACAAUGGAACCAGAAAUUCAACAUCUGUCUGUCAGCCAUCGACCUUCUCUGUGAAUGCGGACCGGCUUGGGGCUUUGUUCCUGCCAUCAGAGCGUUGAUUGACAAGAUGCCAGGUCUGCGUGAGAUCAACGUCAAAAUCCACGGCUCGUGCAGAAUUUCCGCUGCUGCCCUGGAAACCUCCAGCGCCAUAACUCCUUGCGCCUCAAUGUUCGGCGGACCGGACUUGGAGCUCAUCGCUAUACCUCUAAACCAUAACUACUGCGACGAAAUUGGGGGCGGCCGCGAUGUUGAGGCUAUCAUCAACACCAUUCGACAGGAAAAUUCAAAGCUGGCAGACAUCUGGCCCCAAACACUUCCCUCUAAGAGCAUCACCAGGUUCAAUGCCCCGAAUUUGUCCCUUGUCAGAUUGUGCGGCCACAUCGAUCCCAGCCUCCUCGCCAAAAUCGAGCAACACAAAUGUCUGCCCGGCGAUUGCCGUUGGAUGAAAGUUGGCCAAGAAGUGAAGAUAGAGGACACCGACAGUGAAACCUGGAAGAAAGACAAUCUCGGUGACCAGGCCAAGAACUGUCUCCACUACAAAUGGAAGGCCGUGGACCCUCGUAAGAGGACAGAUAUACCGGUGGUCAACAUGCGCCAGUGGCAUCCUCCACUUACAGAAAAGGAAAAGCGGAAGGUGAGGGAUUUUGCCCGGUUGUUUGCAGGGCGUGACAAUUCUUGUCAGGACAACGAGUCUCCCUCUGGAGAGUACGAGACUGCCACCGCGAAGGAUGAAGGAGCAUCCGAGGCGGACGCCCCCUCCAAGGGCAAUGACGGUGGGGUCCCCCGACCACUGGCCGCCAAGGCGGAGAACCACACAUCGUCUACAUGCACGAGCGACGACAGCAUUCGAGCUGGAUGGGACAAAUUUGCUGAUGGCGACGGGAAGGAAUCAGCUUUUACGGAGUGCGAACCGAGUGAUCAGGGUGGAACAAGUCAAGAUGCCCCGUCUAUGAACGCCGAGAACGAAGAAAUCGAGCCUGCAGAGGAGACAGAGCGUGCGAGUACUGAACCCGCCAGCCCUGAAGAACUCCUGGAUGGCUUGCAGGAACUUCCUUUCGCCAACUGGUUCGAAGACAUCAACAAUGUUUUCAUGCACAAAGACCCAGCAGAUGCCAUAGCCGCCUUGCAGCUCGAGUUUAGCCCAUUUUUUGAUUCUUGUUAA